UUAAGUAUAAAUUUUUAUUAUAAUCUUUUCAAAAUUUUCCUCAUGAAUUAGUUCUAGGCUUCGAGACUCCUAUGCUUUUAUUUUGUUCAGAAUGAUUCCAAGUGUGAAAAGACUCUGGAGUAAGAACAAGGAGCCUGUGGAGCCUCCAGAUUAUUUUUGUUCUCUUGCAAAUGAAAUUUUGAUCAAAAUUUUCUUGUAUUUGCCAACACGAGACCUUAUCAAUGUGGCACAAACUUGCCAGCGCUGCAUGGAAGUGGCCCAUGACAAAAGUCUUCUCAAAACAAUCAACUUACGCUCAUGCUAUGGCUUCAAGUGGAGUGAGCUGAACAAAUUCCUGCGUCGCCCCAGUCGCAAACUUCUCAUCCAACAUGUACAUCUGGACAACUGCUACUGGCUUGAUUGGUCUCAUGAGACCAGGUUCUUGAGAUCUUGUCCUAACUUGCAGACUCUCACUCUACUGGGAGUACCAGCAACUUUCACUCAACUUGUCCCCAUUUUCAAUGCCUGUAAACAUAUCACUCACCUGGCUUUUAGUUACAAUGGUCACGUUGAUGACAAUGACUGCCGCAAUGGCAUCCUGAGCCUGAACAGUAUGGCUGCCUUUAGUACCAUCAAGAGACUUGAUAUGACGCUGGAUGUUGACAGUUUACUGCCACCUCAUCAUUUCUGGGACUCCUUUGACAAUCUUGAAGAACUCACACUGAUGUUCACAUCAAGACUCAAGAGCAGGAGAACUUACAUCUACGAAGACACUUUGUUUUCCUUCAAACCUAGAGGCAUUGAUGACAACCGUCUUCCUAAACUACAAAAAUUCACAACAAAUGACAUGGCUGGAAAGCUUCUUGUGUCAACGUACGGUGCAACUGAAAGGCAGCAGUUUGCUGACGUCCUUUUCAACAGAAACUUGGAUCGCGCUUUCUUGGCGCGUUGGACUCGAAAAAGAAAUCUCUUGAGUGCCAGCGAUCACAACGGAAACCGGUGUGGAGGCCCCAGCUGUGCCAUCCUGUACCGUGCGGUGCCUGGGCUAACUCCAUGGAGGGCGCUGCAGCACCUGGGGCUCACGCUGGAGCCUGGCAUGGAGCUCACCAGCCUGCACACUAUCCUGGAGAAGUGUCCCUGGAUCACCUCCUUGGUGCUGCUCAUGACCGACCCCCUGCCUGGGGAUGUUGUGUCGGAGAUGGUGAGCAGCAGCGUGCCGGAGCUACUGCGUCGUGGUGGCGCAGACGUCACGAGAACAAGCAGCUGCAACAGCUCCAAGAAUAAUAGCUCCAAGAGCAGCAGCAGCAGCAGCAACAGCAGUAACAGCAGCAACAGCAGUAACAGCUGUCAGCGCAAUGGCUUCAAAAAAUCCCGUAUCGGCAUCACGGAAUCUGAACCUCCGGACCAGACGCCCCUGGGUUGCGCUUUGGCCGCCUCACCUCUCCUCACCGACCUCGAGAUCGGCGUGGCAGACGAUGAUGUCACAGGGAACCCCAACAACGUUCGGUGUUGCGGGAGCCUGCAGAGCAUCUCUCAGCUACGGUGCCUGACAAGACUCAGUCUGCACAACCUGCCUGUCAAGUCUGGCAACUUCCUCGUCACGGUCUGUAGUGUCUGCAGCCUCCCUCUUGACGGUCUGUAGUGUCUGCAGCCGUGACGGUCUGUAGUGUCUGCAGUCGUGACGGUCUGUAGUGUCUGCAGCCG